GGCGGCGGCGCGGGGAGGGUGACGUGAGAAACCGCACAAAGGCUCCCGCCGCCUCCCGGAAACUCCACGGGGCGCCGCCGCCCCGGAAGCGGAAACAGAAGCCCGCGCUCCCGGCCCCGCCGCCGUCACGAUGCCGAAACGGAAGAAGCCGACUCUGCUGCCGCCGCCGCCCCAGGUGCCAAAGCGGGAGGAGGCGGGGGACGAAGGCGACGGGCGGCCUGCGGGACCACCCAGCCUUCUGGGCCCUCCCCCCAUGGCCAAUGGAAAGCCUGGUGACCCCAAGUCAGCUCUUCGCAGAGGUCCCCCGGGAUCAAGGGGACUGAUGAUUCCACCACUGCUGAGCCUCCCGCCUCCUCCCCGCAGCAGAGGCCCAGUGUGGGGCGGCUUCGGCCCCAGGUCUCGCCCAUAUGGUCGCGGUUGGUGGGGGGUCAGUGCUGAGCCUCCUUUUCCUGGGCCAGACCUAGGUAGUCCCCCCAGGGGAGGCUUUCACGAAGAACAGAGACAUCCGCGAAGGCUCAAAAGCUGGUCGCUUGUCAAGAAGACCUGCCCCCUCGAGGAUGAACCCCAGGCCAUGGAAGACAAAUCUAACCGCCCAGUCUGCCGACACUUUGCCAAAAAAGGACACUGUCGCUAUGAGGACCUCUGUGCCUUCUACCACCCAGGCGUCAACGGACCUCCUCUGUGAGCCUGCCUUCCCAGCGGAGCUGGAGGGAGCCCUCGGGACCUAGCGGCCAUGUAUUUCCCACCGCCCUCCGUCACCUCCCCCAUUUGGGGUUCAGAGUUGUUUCAUCACUGGGGUGAGGUGGGCACUCUUUCUGCUGAUCCAGCCUCCAGAGCCUCGCCUUCAGGCCCCCAUCUCUGCUCCCUCGGCUGCCUCCUGGGUCCUCUCCCCUCGCCACUGACUGCGGAGCAGGAGACACACUGGGUGCUGCCUCUUGUGCGUCUGUCCAGCAGCCGGCUGCUGCCUGCUGCCCUCGAGUCCUGAGCCUGGAGCAGUUUCCUCCCACCCCUCUGGCUGCUUGUCUCAAGUCCCCCAUGUGCGAACCCUGCCCCCUGUUGGCAGCCGCUCUGAGGAACUCCCAGGUUGUCUGGCCUCGGGUCAAGUUUGGAUGACAGUCCCUCCUGAAAGGCCACUCGCCUGCUCUUGGAUCCCGUAGUUUCGCCGUCAGUUGCGUGGCUGUGAUCGCUGUGCUUGGUGAACACGCACCCCCGGAGCCUUUCUCAGUGUCCGUGGCCUGUCUGUGGCUUCUCCACACUAGAGUUUCUGCCAAAACCAGUGAGGCUCCUGGUGCCUCUCGGCUCCCCCCACCCCAACAGGGAGCACCGGGAACUCCCCGCGAGGCUGCCUCCUGGCCCCCAGUUCCUCUGGGCCCCUUUUUCCGGGUCUGACCCGGGCCCAGGAGGUGUGCGCUAAGCCUCUGGUGCUCCUUAGCCCAGUCCCUGGAGGCCACAGGCCUUCGUGUGAAUUCUGUGAUCUCCACCUGGACAGUCCUGCCGCCCUCUCCCCACCUUCGUCGCUGCUGCUGGUUGUUUUCUGUGAAAACGGCAUGAGUGGACCCAGUCUUGAACUGGCCCUGAGGACGGGUCAGGAGUUGUGUGGACAAAAGGGAGGGUGAGAACGGUUGGAGAACUGAAAAUGAAUUUUGUUUCAUUUUAACGUUUUUUACAUUAGUAAUAAAUGCCGUGGAAACAAGCCUCUUCCUGAA